AGUUACAGGCCUAUAAACCUGUCCGUGUCAUGCGAUCGAUGGCUUCUCUAGUUCUGUCUCCGCGCGCUCUACAAAGUAUUACAAUGAUCGAUUGGUGCAGAGAAUUCUGACAGUGCCUUACUCUUGGUAUUCGUCAUUUCAUCCAAAAGGGAAGAAAAAGCAGGAUAUUCAUUUUUUUCGACUUUUUUGUCAUCGUUUAUCAUUUAAUUCGUGAAAGUGAAGAUAAAAUUUUACCAUGUUUGGGGAAAUUUUAUUAAAUGGUGACACAGGAUCCAACAUGUCGUCAUCUACUGCGUAUAGAUGGUUCGCUCAAAGAUUAUCUGCCGGAGUGUGCCGACUUCCGACAACGUUUCGACGUCGCCUCCACUCUCGACAACUCGUCAUCAUAUUCGUUAUUAUGAUUUUGCUCCUCCAUCUGUUAUCAACGAUCUCUAACACGAAACGACCACGGAGGAGUAUACCCCAGUCUGUUACGUCACACUUUCUAUUUGAAGGCAUGCAUGGGAAUGAAUACAAAAACUUUACAGAGCACAUUUGGCUUUUCAACAACAGUGAUGCAGAAAGGAUAUAUCUGUAUACAAACCUUCUUCAAAAACAUCACUGGAAGACCAAUCCACAAUAUCUCGAUAGUUUUAGACAAGAACUUAACGCAGAAACCAAUAUGAGUACGGACCGGGAUCUUAUACUGACUCAAACCAAUGUUAAGCUUAAUCAAGAGUUACUAUGUUAUGUCGUCACUAAAAGAACAUUCUGGAAGCAACCUAAUUUCGUGGUUACCGAGAACUUCAUUUCGACAUUACCGAAGGAAUCCCCAUUUAAAGGUCGUCGCUACCAGAAGUGCGCUAUCGUAGGAAAUAGUGGAUCUUUACAGAAUAGUAAAUGUGGUUCACAAAUAGACAGCAUGGACUUCGUAUUUAGAUGUAAUGGAGCACCCAUAGAAGCCUUUAUGCAGGAUGCUGGAAAGCGAACAGACUUUGUUACUUUCAACCCGAGUAUAUUAUUUAAAAAUUUUGGCGGACUCACAAAUGAAAGUGCGAUAGCAUCUUAUAUCGACUUCAUGGUCCAGUACAACAGUGUGAUAUGGUAUCCAUGCUUCGGCGCCAGGCAUCUCGUUGAGCCGUGUCUAAAAGCGAUGAGCUAUCGUGAUCAAAUCGAUUCGCAACUCGUGAUUGGCCAUCCCUCACAUUACGUCAGCAUGUGGGAGUUCUGGAAGAGGCGUGGAUUAAAGAAAAAGCCUUCAACAGGUUUUUUUCUGAUUAAUGUCGCUGCUACUAUGUGCAAUGAGAUUCAUUUAUAUGGCUUCUGGCCCUUUCCUGUUGAGCUUCGUGAACGUACAGUCCAUCAAACAGCCUAUCAUUACUUCAAUGAAAUUCCUUUCACAAGCCAUCAUAAUUCAGAUGGAGAGUUUAGAAUUCUAUUACAAAUGCAUAUGCUUGGAACAUUGAACUUGCACACAGGAGCAUGCACGCAAUAAUGUAGAUCGAUGUGUAUCAUGCAAGAUCCUAGACGGGUGACUUUGAGAGUAUUUACAUUCUUACAAACAUGACAAAGGUUAAAUGAAGUUAAAGGCGACGUAGACUUUCUGUAAAAGAUGUAUUACUUGUACACAAUGAUGUAUACCGGUGUGUUGGCUCAUUUGGUAGAGCGUCCGUCUCACAACCGGGAAGUCGUGGGUUCACCAUUUUUAGGUAAGGAUAUACGGAUAUACAUAAAAGAAAAUAGCGCGCGCUUCGCGCCCGCAUUAUGCCGAUGAGAUAUGUAUCAUUUUCAAAAAUUCCUACAAAUAGUCCUUAAAAUUUGUUUCCCAUUUCAGGUAAGUAUAUCAACAAUAUCAGUUCACCAAGUUAGAUAGGCAUCGUACUUCUCCCUUAAGAUAUCAUGAUUACAGGUCUAAAUAUCGCGCUCGCAUUAAUAUUGCUUAGAUAUACAUCAUGUUAAUGAUUAUAAAAAAGUGCUUAGAAUAUUCAGUUCUAAGAUAUUAAUGUUAAAAAAAAAAUUGCUCGCGCUCCGUAUUAGGUUGGUUUAUUUAAAGGACAAGUCCCCCUAAUAAAAAGUCGAUUUGAAUAAAAAGAAACAAUCCAACGAGCAUAGCACUGAAAAUUUCAUCAAAAUCGGAUGUAAAAUAAGAAAGUUAUGAUAUUUUAAAGUUUCGCUUAAUUUCACAAAACAGUUAUAUGCACAUCCUUGUCGGUAUGCAAAUGAGGAGACUGAUGACAUCAACCACUCAAUAUUUAUUUUGUAUUUUAUUAUAUGAAAUACCAGAAUAUUCUAAUUUUCACCUCAUUGUCAAGUGAAACAAAGACUAAUUCCUCUCUAAACAUAUGAAAUUAACAUUAUUUUAAUACUAUAUGGGUCAGUCAAGCUGGCCCUUGUUGUCGAAUCUGUAGAAAAUGAAGAAAAAAAUGUGUAAUUCAGACCAUAAAAAGCAAAAGAAAUAAUGAGUGACAUCAUCGACUCUCUCACUUUCAUGUCACUAAGUUGUGUAUAUAACUGGUUUGUGAAAAAUAAGCGAAACUUUAAAAUGCCAUAACUUUCUUAUUUUACAUCCGAUUUUGAUCAAUUUUUCAGCACUAUGCUAGUUUGAUUCUUCUCUGUUUAUUCAAAUCAACAUUUUUCUGGGAUGGACUUGACCUUUAUUGAGAUACCUAUCAGUCUGUUUAAAUAUUCCUUUUUCAUUGCUUAGUUAGACACGAAUCAUCGUCUUGCAUAAGUCUUUGGUCACAAUCAUGAUCAAGGUCGUUUAGGGUCAAUGAACAUAUUAGGGCCUAUUUUUUCAUCCUACGAAUUGUGUUUUUUGUGAAUGAUUAUUCUAUAGUCGUUUUCAAAGUCAGCAAUGCUGCUAUUGAAUCGCGUAAUGCAGGCGAGACUGCCAGAGGCGCCCCACUUGUAUAAUUAUAUAAUACACUUUGAAAGGGGCGCGAUUUUAGACAUGCUCCGGGUGCCGUUUGUCCCAUAUAGGUACGCCACUGAGGCGAGGUAUUUAAACUUUCUGUAAAAGUUUCAUUACAUGUACACAUUGAUUUUGAUUAUAUUUAAGUGCAGGAAUUAAAGAAAAUCCUUGGAUGGUCGACUUUGAUAGCAUUCACAUUCUUACAAAGGUGGAGUGGGUUAAACGAAACAUUUUAGACUUUCUUUUAACAUGGUUAAAAGAUUUAUUCAAAGGGGCGCAGUCAUCUUUGAUUUUUUUUGCGGGCAUUUAUUUUGGAAAAAUAUGUCAAAAGCCCCCUCCCCCUAACAAUAUAAAGUAAAACAAAAUUUAACAAAUGAAGAAGGAAAAUCGACAUCAAAAUUGGUGCGUUAUCGAUAAUAUGGGUUCGGGUCGGAGGAGGGUGCUCGCUGGAAACAACAAACUUUGCCAUUUCGGUAUUACCAUGUACAAUUUGAUCAUGUUGAUUACGAUUGAUCGCUGAGCCCCUGUUUCAACGGUAGUUCAAUAAUGAGAAAAAUACCAUAGUUAUAACUCCUUAUUGUACUACUUUCAUUGGCAUUUUGUUUAAUAAUUGUUGAUGUUAUGUGAUUGUGUUUUCCGUAUAUUUUCACGUAUAACCCCUUAUUGGAUUACUUUCCGUAUAUUUUUUAUUCAUACUUAUAUAAUUGCUGUUUGUAAUUAUUUCUGUUUAUAUGUAUCAUUGAUGUUUUUUUAUGUCGUUUCAUUUAUGAAAUUGAAAUGCAAUGUGUAUGUUUGAACAUUUUUGUAGAAUCCUAAAAAUUCAUUUAUGUAAUUGGAAAAAAAAUUGUCGUGAAGUAGCCUUUUUUUCGAUGAAACAGUUGCAAGGGUGUGGUCAGUCAGUCACGGAUGGAAAUUUAAAACAAAUUACAACUUUAACGGCCUGUAGAUAUUAAAGGUCAAGUCCACCCCAGAGAAGUGUUGAUUUGAAUAAAUAAAGAAAAUUCAAACUGGCAUAACGUUAAAAAUUUCAUCAAAAUCGGAUGUAAAAUAAGAUAGUUAUGACAUUUUGAAGCUUCGCUUAUUUUUAAUAAAACAGCUAGUGAUAUGCAAAUGAGAGAGUCGAUGAUGUCACCCUCUCACUAUUUCUUUUUUUUUUCAAUUGUUUGAAUUAUACUAUAUUUCAUUUUUUUACAGUUUUGACAGUAAGGACCAACUUGAGUACUUGACAGAACUAUAAAGUAUUAAACAAGGCUAAUUAAAAUUAAAAUAUUUCAUAUUUCAUUUGAUAAAAUACAAAAUAAAUAGUGAGUGGAUGACGUCAUCAGUCUCCUCAUUUGCAUACCGACCAGGAUGUGCAUAUAACUGUUUUGUGAAAUUGAGCGAAACUAUGACUCUACGUAUCUUCCUUAUUUUACAUCCUAUUUUGAUGAAAUUUUCAAUGUUAUGCUUGUUGCGUUUUUCUCUUUUUAUUCAAAUCAACUUUCAGUUGGGAUGGACUUUUCCUUUAAGUGAUAGAGAAACUUGGUAUUUUUUCUAAGAAAUAAUUGAGCUUGGUCUUCAUGGUUCCUAUUCAGACAGGUUUAUGUUAAAGGGAUGGUCCGGGCUGAAAGUAUUUAUAGCUUAAUAAAUAGAGCAGAAUUCACUGAGCAAAAUGCUGAAAAUUUCACAUCCCCACUUGUUCUUUUGUAUUUUAUUAUAUGACAUUAGGUUUAUUCAAUUUUUUUCCUCCAAGAACUAGAAAAAUUGGAUUGAAAACUGAUUUAGUGCAUUAGUUAUUUAUUGCUGCAACUUAUUUCAUUUUAAGGGAGACAUAUUAUUCACAAAAGUAUGAAAUAAGGAAAAAAUUAUGAUUUUAUGUAAUAACAUAAGAAAACGGAAAGUGGAGAUGUAACAUCAUCAGUCCACCUAAUGAAUAUUCAUGACGACUGUUUUCACAAAAUAUUGCUAAACUUUAAACUUCAAUAACUUUAUUAUUUGUCAUCCGAUUUUGAUGAAAUUUUCGGCAUUUUGCUCAGUGAAAUCUACCCUAUGUAUUAAGAUAUAAAUAUUUUCAGCCCGGACCAUUAAUUAUACUACAUGCAUAUUAUUGGAAUUGAAAUUUUAAAUGGUUAAUAACGAAAUAUUGAUUAUCCACAUUUAAAACCUUUUUUGAGGCAAUACAGUAACUUUUUUAAUAAGUAUGCAUCUAUUAUUGGAGUGAAAAUUUAUGAAUUAUUUGAAAUGAAAUAUUGAUUACACACAUGUAUUUAAAUCUUUUUGGAGACAAUACAGUAAUUUUUUAGGAAUUAUGUUAAUACUUCAUUCUUGUAUUGGAAUGAAAUUGGGAAAUGCUAAACUGCUUGUAAUGAAAUGAAAUGUUGAUUUCACACAUCUAAUUUAAUUCUUUUUGACAGCAAAACAGUAAAGCUUGUAGGAUUUUACAUGCUAAUGCUUUAUUAUUGGAAUGAAAAUUUUAAACUGUAAUGAAAUGCUGAUAACACACAUGUAUUUUAUACUUUUUUGGAGGCAAUACAGUGAUUUUUUUUUUACUGAAUUUUUCAAGUGUUGUCAUCUUUCGUCAAAUGGAAGCUUUAUACAUGUAUAUACAUGUAUUAUUUGUUUGUACCAGUCUUUAUGUAAACGGGUAUUUACUUUCACUGUAUAUAAUUCUUAUGAAUGUAUUAAUGGUUUUAUAUGUUUAAUAUGACAUUUUUCUAAGUUUAUUGACUUGAACUUGUAAACAAAACAAAUUUCCAAUAUGGAUAAAUAAAGACGAACCUGAACUUAUUGUCAGGGACGAACGAGAUAGAAAUUA